AUGUUAUCCACAACUCUGUUGCUGAAAUCAACAGAACUGGAAAAAACAGGCCUGAUUGAGAAAGAUGAGGAAGUUACGCUCUACAAAAUUCGCCACCGUGCCAGUGGACAGCUCCACACUUUAACAGUUUUACAUGGCAGCCACAACGAAUCCAUCUGGAGAGAUAUUCGACAGGAGUUUGGGAUCAUCCAGGGCCUGGAUCAUCCCAAUGUACUCAAGUGCUAUGAAAUUUCUGCUCAAAAUGAUGGUAUUCAUGUUUUAAGCGAAUCCAUUGCCAGCAAAUCCCUCCGAGGCUCACAUAUCGCUGAUGAAUCCUCUCUCAGUGAUCUCACACGUCAAGUUUUGGAGGCGUUGUACCAUCUCCAUCAGAGAAAGAUUGUGCAUGGAGAAAUCAGGCCUUCAAGAAUAUUCUUCGCCAGUACUAAACUGGGAUGCGUCAAAAUUGUGUAUUUCGGGCGAAUUUUGCAGCUUCUUAGGCCAUCAGAUGAAAGGCAUCUUCAUCCUGAGAGGACAAACUCGCUCGAUGGCUUUGCAGGGGAUUUAUGGAGCCUUGGGUUAUGCAUUCUUGAGCUGUAUUUGGGCUCAUUUCCUCUUGACACAGAAAUUUCUGCUUUAAAGCUAAGUCAUAUUUGUGAUCUCUCAACAGCAUCAGCUGAGUUCAGGGACUUCAUCUCUUGUUGUUUGCAGAAAGAUAUGGCAAAAAGAUGGACCGCUGAGCAGCUUCUUCAUCAUCCUUUCAUUUUACAGAAUUCAACUGGCAGCAAUCUCAAGGGAGACUUAAUGGAAGAAAAGACAAAACUCCAACAGCCCUUUUUGUCUUCAUCAUCCUCAUUUUCUUCUUCCAUGACUUCCAAAGGAAUCAAGCUGUCUGAAAGUGCAUUGCAGUUGUCCCGGGAGCCUGAGAAUCACCAAAAUGGUAAGAUAGAAGUGACAGCAGCAGUUGAUGAGGGGAAGUCAGCCCAAAAAAAUAUUGGAAGUAACAAAAGGAGACCAGGGGAAUUCAAGAGGAGCAUAUCAGACCAGUCACUUCUGGUCCAAAGGUGUGCUAAAAGGAAGCGGCUUAAAGCAAAGGCUGAUUUGCAUGAGAUGCCCAAGGAACUAGGUGUCACAUAUAAGAACAAUGCAUCAGACAAGAAAGAAGAGAGAAUAAGCGAUUAUUCGAGCACUGAAUCUGAAGAACUAGAAUUCAGACUGGAGAACAGAAUGCACUUCUUGGAAGGGGCAGAAGAUUCAAGGAGAAUAAUGCAAGGUGCAGAUUUUGAGUUUGAGAGUUUACCUGAACAUGUUAGAAGGUGUAUGCAGUAUUGUUCCUUGUUUCCAACAAGCUAUGAGUUGGAGAAAGAUCAGUUAGUCCAAUUAUGGAUUGCAGAAGAGUUGAUUGAUAUUGAACUUACAGACAGGAUGGAGAAUGAUGGAAAGGUAUGCUUUGAUAUUUUAGCAAGCAAGGGGUUCAUAGUUCCUUCCAGCUAUGACAAUCUUCAUCGCAAGCAGAAGUACAAAGUGAAUGAAUCUAAAAUUUCGUGCUGGUGCCAAAAAGGAGUGCUAUCCAGGGGUCACUAUCUGAGAAUUGAGGAUCAACUAAGUGUCCCCACUGAAAUGCCACUUCACUUGUCUUUGGACAUGGAGGAGUUUGAUUCACUGACAUUUGAGACUCUAAAAUGUUUCAAAGACCUACACACACUAUUAUUACUUGGUGAUUAUGGCUCCUCAAUCAAGGAAAUACCUCGUGAUCUUUUCCUUUGCCUAAAGAGCUUAUUUACUUUAGAUUUGAGCAGAACUCAGAUAUCAGAAUUACCAAGUUCUGUUGGGUGUUUGGAGUCACUACAUUAUCUUGACCUCUCAUAUACACCUAUCAAAAAUUUGCCUGAAUCCGUUGGUUCUCUUUACAGUUUGCAGACACUAAAUCUUCGAGGUUGUUUUGCUCUUCAUGCAGUGCCUGAGGGAAUAAGUGAGUUGAUCAAUCUUAGGCAUUUUGAAUUGGAUAUAAUCCGCCAAUUAAACUGCAUGCCCAGAAACAUGGGGAAUCUCAGAAGUCUUCAAACUUUAAAGGCAUUUAUGGUUGGAAGAGAUGAUGGAUGCAACAUUGGAGAGCUCAGGAAUCUGAACAAUAUUGCUGGAUCACUCUGCAUUGCAAGGCUUGAAAAUGUUGCGAACAUCGAUGAAGCUACCAAAGCUGGUUUAAGUAUGAAGCAGUACUUAAAAAAGCUCGAAUUGAGAUGGGGAGAUCACAGGUUUGAUGAGGCUUCACCAGAAGAGGAAGUCUUGGAAUGUCUGCAGCCACAUAAUAGCAUCGAAGAGUUACAGAUACAAUUUUACAAGGGUAAAUUCUUUCCAAGCUGGAUUGGCAACCCAUUGUUUGCUAAUGUUGUCAGCAUUACCCUCUACAAGUGCGUAGAAUGUCAAGUUUUGCCCUCUGUCGGGAAAUUGCCCUCACUCAAAUAUCUGAAUAUUGUUGGAUUGAAUGGUGUGCGAGAUACAAAUGGCCUGUUUUGUAGGAAUGUUACAACUGGAAGCCAAAUAUUGUUUCCAAAGUUGGAGAAACUGACACUUGACAACAUGCCUAACCUUCAACAGUUCACUGGAGCAGAAAAUGGUGACUUCCCAAGCCUAGUUCAGGUUUAUAUAAGAUACUGCCCAAACCUUUUUGAGAUCUCAUCCGUUUUCCAUCUCAAAGUCCUCCAAUAUCUCGAGAUAAGCUACUGCAUUAAGCUGCAGUCUGUGCCUGAAGGAGGUUUGCCAGCUUCAAUUGAAUCACUGGUAAUUACAGGUUGCCCUGGUAUAAAAGAACGGUGCAAUAAGAAUGGAGGAGAAGACUGGUACAAGAUAGCCCACAUUCCUAGCAUAUGGAUUGAUUAUGAACAAAUAUCUCGAAAUAUAGUUUCUGCUGUUCACAGUGUAAAACACGAAAAUGAAAGUCAUUUUGUCAAUGAAUGA